AUGGCGUCGAAUCACGGCUGCAACGAAGAGAUUCGAGAUUCGAGACAAAAAAGCAACGUAUCCAGUUCCUUAACAAUAAACGACAGUUACUGGAGUAAAAGAACUGGGGACAACGAAGCUACCAAUAAGAUUAUAGAAACUUUCUCUUCGUGUUUGUCACACAUCGAAGUCCAACUAUUUAUCAACUGUUCAGGGGCCAUUAUUAACGAAAAUCCAACCAUGAGAUCGGCACUGAAAAAAACCUGUACGAGACUUUGCGAGAUCUGCGGUAAAUUAUCUGCUAAUCUUACAGAUUUUAAAGAGCACCAACUCGUUCACACGGGCGAGAGACCGUUUGAGUGCUCAAUUUGUUUACAAACGUUUAAUCGAAAAAUGACCCUUGUAAGACACAAACAAACUCAUAUGGGGAAAAAACCCUUCAAAUGCGCAGAUUGUUCUAAAACAUUUGGGCAAAAAGAUACUAUCAUACGACACAUACGGACUGUUCACAACGAGGAGAAACCCUUUGAGUGCAUAGUAUGUCAAAAAAGUUUUAAAUCUUCAGUUAACCUCUCAACGCACAUGGGAACCCACACGAGCAAAAAACCCUUCAAGUGCACAGAAUGUCUUAGAUCAUUUCGCCAAAAAGGUAAUCUUAGGAGGCACAUGCAGACCCACACAGAGGAAAAACCCUAUAAGUGCACAGAUUGUCCAAAAUAUUUCAGCCAAAAAAGCAAUCUCAGGAGACACAUCCAAAGCCACACAGGGGAAAAACCUUUUGAGUGCCCAACAUGUCAAAAAGGUUUUGCAUUAUCUUCUAACCUCAAAAAACACAUGAUGACUCACACGGGCGAGAAACCCUUCGAGUGCUCAACUUGUUCUAAAACAUUUAACCGAAAAACUAAUCUCGUUUUACACAUACGGACGCACACAGGGGAAAAACCCUACAAGUGCUCGGUAUGCCAAAAAGGUUUCAUAUCUCGUAGUAAUAUCGCAAAGCACAUGUGGACCCACAAAGAGGAAAAACCCUAUAAGUGCGCAAAUUGUCCAAAAUCUUUCAGCCAAAAAAACCACCUCACAACUCAUAUGCGCGUCCACACUGGCAUACCUUUUAGUCACUGCACCAUCUGUCAAAAGCCAUUUACGUACUCGAGUAAUCUUAUAGUACACAUGAGGACCCACACAGGGGAGCGACCCUACAAGUGCUCGGUGUGUCAAAAAGGUUUUAGAUCUUCUAGUUCACUCGCAGAUCACAUGCGGACCCAUACCGGGGAAAAACCCUAUAAGUGUGCAAAUUGUCCAAACUCUUUUGCGCAAAAAGGUACUCUUAAAAUUCACAUGCGCAUCCACACAGGCAUACCUUACGGUUUUUGUACCAUCUGCAAAAAGCCAUUUAGGCACGCGAAUAGUCUUAAAAAUCAUAUGAGGACCCAUACGAGGAAAAAACCUUCGAGAGAAUCCAGUAAAAAAAAACAAAAACAGAUGAUGUCCCACGAGAUUAAUGGCUAUGUAGCACGUGUUAGUAAUACUAAGUACGCUCUAUCUAUGUCUAUUUCUCUCACGCACUUUACUGACACGUGCCAUGUAGCUUAUGCGUACAAGCCACAAAGACAAAAAAGCAACGCGUUCAGUUCCUCAACAAUAAAUGACAGUUACUGGAGUAAAAGAACUGGGGACAACAAAGCUACCACUAAGAUUAUAGAAACUUUCUCUUCGUGUUUACCACACAUCGAAGUCCAAUUAUUUAUCAACUGUACAGGGGCCAUUAUUAACGGAAAUCCAAUCAUGACAUCAGCACUGAAAAACACUUGUACGAGACUUUGCGAGGUCUGUGGUAAAACGUUUGCCAAAAUUGCACAUUUUAAAUCGCACCAACUUGUUCACACGGGCGAGAAACCCUUCGAGUGUUCAAUUUGUUCUAAAACGUUUAGUCGAAAAACUGAUCUCGUAUGUCACAUACGGAUUCAUACAGAAGAGCGUCCUUAUAGGUGCUCGGUAUGUCGAAUAGGUUUUACAUUUUCCGGUAACCUCAAAAAACACAUGAGGAUCCAUGCAGAAAAAAAAUCGUUUAAGUGCAAAGAUUGUCCAAAAUCUUUUAGUCUAAAAACCAAUCUCAGGAGGCACAUGCGCGUCCACACUGGCAUACCUUAUGGUAAUUGUACUAUAUGCCAAAGGCCAUUCACUGACCCGAGCAGUCUUAGAGUGCAUAUGAGGAUCCAUACAGGAGAGAAACCUUACACGUGCUCCGUAUGUCAAAAAGGUUUUAGAUCUUCCAGUGACCUCACACAGCACAUGCGGACUCACACAGGGGAGAAACCCUAUAAGUGUGCAGAUUGUUCAGAAUCUUUUAGUCUAAAAACCAAUCUCAGGAGGCACAUGCGCAUCCACACUGGCAUACCUUAUGGGCCCUGUUUAAUCUGCCAACAACCAUUCAUUGACCCGAGUAGUCUUAAAGUGCACAUGAGGACCCAUACAGGCGAACGACCCUACAAGUGCUCGGUAUGCCAAAAAGGUUUCAUAUCUCAUAGUAAUAUCGCAAAGCACAUGUGGACCCACAAAGAGGAAAAACCCUAUAAAUGCACAGAUUGUCCAGAAUCUUUCAGCCAGAAAAAACUUCUAACAACUCAUAUGCGUGUCCACACCGGCAUACCUUGCGGGCAUUGUCCCAUUUGCCAAAGGCCAUUCAUGGACAUGGGUAAUCUUAAAAGGCACAUAAAGACCCAUACGGGAGAAAGGCCCUAUAAAUGUCCAGUUUGUCCAAAAUCUUUUGGACUAAAAAGCAAUCUCAAGAGACACGUGCGUGUCCAUACCGGUAUACCUUCUUAUCGCUGUUCCAUCUGCCAAAGGCCAUUCACCGACGCGAGUAAUCUUAAAAGGCAUAUGAGGACCCACACGAGCGAGGGUUCUUCGAGUUCUUAG